AUGAGUGCCAGCAGCGACUUCACGCACUACCCGCUCGCGGCCCCGCCGCCGGCCGCCUCGCGGCCCUUCGCGGGCAAGCUCGACGAGAUCCGGGCGCAGCACACGGCGUUCUGGGCGCAGCCGGCGGCGGCGGGCGACGCGCGGGCGUUCCUGCGGGGCGACGCGGCGCACGCGUACGCGACUCGGAGCGCGGUGGCGCCGCCGGGGGCGGCCGCGGGCGCGGCGGGGCCGCACGCGCUGCCGGGGUGGGUGCGGGCGUGGACGCCGUUCACGGGUUUCGCGGGCCCGGUGCUGGCGGAGGACGAGCAGGUGGUGAUCGUCGGCAACCGGUCGUCGUUCGACGCGGCGCAGUACGGCGGCGCGGCCGGCGGCGGGGGGCGCGCCGGCAUGUCCGCGCUGCACCUGCUCGGCCUGCCCAAGGCGAACCUGUACAACGGCGUGAGCCUGACGCCGCGGACCGCGCGCGUCGUCGACGCCGUCGCGGCGCUGUUCCGCGCGCGGUGGCGCGAUAGCGCCGCCUUCCGCGAGGCCGUCUUCGCCCACCAGCUCGCCGCCGUCGACCGCCGCGAGCGGGAGGCCGCCGCCGCCAACCGGCCCGACGCCGCCGAGCGAGCCGACGACGCGCGCGUGCGCUGGGGCGAGCUCCUGCCCGCCCUCGACGCCCUCGACGCUGACAACGACUUCACCUUCGGCCUCCACCUCUGGCCCGACCACAGCGUCGCUCACCUGCACGUGCACAUCCUCGCGGCGGGUGAGGAGGCCCGCCAGUACAGCACGCGCGUGCACGACCGCAAGACCAAGGACGCCUUCGAGGUCCGCGACUACGUGCUCAACGAGGUGGCCGAGCGCCCCGAGCUGUACGAGCCCGCUGAGCAGGAGUAGAGAGCAUAUCGCUUUCUCCCUCCCGAACUCAUCAGCCACGGUAAGUAACAGGUAAACGCGCUUAAAAUGCCUUAUUAGAGACGCCGUAGACGUAGAACUAGACUGAUCCCUCGCGGGAUCGCAGUAACCCUAGAAAAGGUCAGACUCGUUUUAUAACAUAAUACACAAAGUCUUACGCUAUCCGUAU